CUGCAGUCUAGUUGCAUCGAACCGAACCCCAUCGUCAAUCCGCAGUGGUGGAGUUGGGUCCAUCCUCCACCCAGCCAGUUCCAGCCAGUCCAGCCAGUCCAGCACAGUUGCCAGGUGCCCAGUCCCCAAUCUGGGCCAUGCCAACACAGCCAGACAGCCAAUGCGAUCGAUCAGGCAAGCCGCCCGUCAGCCCGUGUGCGUGUGCGGUGUGUGUGUGCCAGGGCAGAGGCGGCAGGGCAGGCCACGAUAGGAUAGGACAGAGCAGGACAGGACAGGGCCGGCCUGCAGUCAAGUCUGCAGCGCAGCAGUGGGCGGCGGUAAGCCAUCGAUAGUGUGCAUCCGCGGGUUUAGUGAUGCUGGGUGGUGUGGGUGGUGUGCUCUUUGUGGCUCGAGCGGCUCGAUCUCAUCUAAGGGGAUGGCCUGCCCGUGUCCUGCCCCUUCCAACCCUUUCCUUUCUUUCCCUUUCCUUCACCACCUGGUCCAUUGUCACCGGCGUCGUCAAGUCCACAUUCGUUCCUUCCCAAUACUGCAAUACUGCAUGCACAUGUUGCACUUACACUGCUCGUAAUCCCUCGAGAUUAGACUUUGUCCCCUCCCUGCCUCCUUGGUCUCGGCUUCAUUCUUUCAGUCGAGUUUCCGUCCUUUCAUUUUCCCUUGUGUGUACUUGACCUGCCCACCGUCCCCGGGAAUUCCUGUCGACUGCGCUGCCACGCGAUAAACAAUCAGUAAUACCUAGUGAUCCUGACUCUUCCAACCCCGACCUGACAGCCUGGGCCAUUCUCCCUCGAGGAUAACCACUGUCGUUCAUUGCUCGAUCCAGAGUAUCAUCAUCACUAUCGUUUUGCUCAUCACACUCAUUCAUUGAAUACCAUACACGUAUCAACCCAACAAGACAGACAACAGCUAGGAACAGCAAAACCGCAUCCGCCAUGCCUGCCAUGUCGAAGCUCAUCGAACGAAACAACCUCGCCAUGCGCGACGGUCUUGCCGGGGAGGAUGGUGGCAACUCCAACGUCAUCAACCUGUUGAUCAUCAUCCUGAGUGUAGUGGUCGUCCUUGGCCUCGUGCUCGGCGGAGUCCUGUUCGGCCUCCGGAAAAUCCGCAACAAGCAACAGAGAGUGCGCAAGGACUCCUUACCCCAGUACAACGACGUCGUGCAAGACGCCAAGCGCAGCAGUAACCACCGCCGUCUGACCAUCGAGACCAGAAACGGCCACAGUAGCGUGCUGGUCUUCAACAAGGACGGGCAGCCAAUGCUGUCGAACCCUAGCCAGCCCCCUCACUCGCCCGACAACGUCCCCGAGAUCCACAUCACCUUCCCCGAGGAGGAGGACGACAGUGGGCGCCGCAAGAGCGGUCGCGUCCUCGUCGUGCGCGUCGGCGACAACGCUACCGUCGGCAUGGAGCCCCUCGACGACGAGCAGCUUCCCGCCUACGAGAAGGAGAGCAAACACCAGUUCUACUCCAUUGACAUGGACGACAUUGGAGGGCUGAAGGAGAAGUCGCGCGAGGACUACCACUAGACCAACCGACACCACUCACCACCAUAACCACCACUCGGACCGAACGUCACCGACUGAUUACGACCACUCAUAUAUAUAUACCUGAGGGCUUGGCGAAACACAAGCCCUCCCCCAGUAACGACUUUGAUACCGAUUUUCUGAAAGGGGAUGGGGCGUUUGGAGGAGGUGCUCUCAGUUUGCCAUUUUCCGCUGUCUGCAAUCGAGGAUACCCCUGCGCACGCUUUCGCUUCUCGACCCUGCCGACCAGCCGACCGACUGCUCUGCCACGGCUUCACUGGCUAAUGCUGGACGUGUGGAGGGAGAACGUGGAGCGGGGAGCAGGAGGCAGGGUCGAGGACGGGGGAACCAAGCCAAGCCCCCCAGGCGACAAAUGCGCCGGCCGAGGCGCUCCUGGGGUGUUCGCUCACCUCAGGACAAUGACGGGCGCCUGUGUACAUACGGCGCGCGACUGCAAAUCAAGUACUGUGUUGCAUUUCACUGCAUUUGGGCGGUCGAUUUUGGGGAGGUUCCCGAAGGAUGAAUUCCAAACCAAGCGAGCAUUUGCAAGGGCUGUUUUCUUUGACACUCUAGCUUGCGGAAUUUGUACAUUCUAAUAUUGUAUAAUCACUAUUCUUAAGAGCCUAGAAACAGCAGUGUUUCUUUGACGCAAUGCCUAGUCUCAGGUUUUCCUACCCAAUACCUAUUGAAAAGAGGCGAAAAAACGUCUGAUCUGGUACAGCUUGUCCAGCUUCCCAGGGAGCAAUGUUUACAAACACUUUAUAUCGGAAACGGACGCGGAAUCCGGCUGAUGGGUCACAUUUCGGUCGUCUCUCUCCCUCGGCGCCCGUGUUCCAGAACCCGGCACCCUGGGGGGGGGGGGUAUAGAAGACGUAUGCGCACUCCACUCUGGGUCCCCCCGAGUCACGCUUGAUAGCGCACUCCUGGCAUGACACCAUUGUCAUCGACAGGGAAAGCAAGUUCUCGCUGGACAUGAGGCAGGGAGGGCCACCUGCUUUCCCACCCGGCGGAGCCCUUUUUGCGGAGCAGCCGCACUCGGCUCCUGUGUGGAGAAUGUUUUGUUUUGUGUACUGUAUUGUGUACGCAGGCAGGCCCCAGUGCUGGGAUGGACAGCACUGAGCCUGAGCAGCUCGGCUUGGUUCAGUGCAGUCAGUCGAUUAGAAAACAAGAAGAAAAGAAAAGUUCCAACU